AGCUUAGUGGAAUAGUUAGUGAAGCCGCUCCCAAGUUUACAAGGGUGCACUGACUUACCACUAGCGCCUGAUUUCAAGAUGAAUCGUCGCCGUCCCUCUAUACUCUUACAACCACCAGGACAACACAUUCUUGAGCAGAAGUCGUUCUCUUGCUCAUAAACCCAUCAUGGUGUCAGCUGCAUCUACCAUAAACGCAACCCGCCUAUCCCUGGAAGAGGUCUUGCAAGUACUCCUCGUCUGCUUCCACGCCGCCGCCGAUACUGCCCCAAAGGCCAUCCCCGCAUACGCGAUUGAGUUUCACGAUCCUUCGGUCCGAGUCCCGAUCUGGAAGAUUUGGUCGAUAGAAGACCUAGUGUUCGCCCCGCCUGACCCCGAAGACCUCAGCCGCUGCACCUUCCUGCCACCGUGGUUGAACGACGCACUCUCGCGCUUUAACAUGUGCGACUGGUUCAGUCUUGUUCUAGAGGAGGAAGUGAACAGACUGGUCAGGAAGCUAUUCAACGGACGUGCCCAGUGGUUGACAUAUUGGCCAAAGAUCGACCGCAUCUUGACCUGGCGCAGUAAUCCGAAUCAGCCUAUGGUGCUAAUGCACUCCGUGCUGUACGUCGAGACGGGCGAUGGCAGACAGAUGAUCAUGGAUGGCACCUUGAGGCAAUAUCUUUGGGAAUCAUCGACUUGGCUUCAAACAUGCCAAGAGUGGUAUGUUGGACGCGUGGACUGGCGUCGUGGUUGGGUUUUUCCUUCGCAGAAGAUUAGAUGCUCGGUGGAGUAUGAAGCAGCACGUGCAGCAGGCGGAUACUGGGCCUUUGCCUUCGCGACAUUGACACAGUUGUUCGGCGACCUGGACUGGGAGGAGUUGAGGGGUUUGGGACCAGUCGAGCGACUCGAGCGCGUUAAGAGAAUGGCUGAAGGAAAGCUCGCUGGAUUCCACGGAUGGGCCCCCAAGUUUGGAUGAACCAAUGCAGGCAGAGACCAAAGGAAAUGAAUGUAUGAAUGUAAUUCUUAGAAAUGACAAGUGGUU